ACAGAUGCUGCCUCACUUGCACAAGAUUGUGCAAAGAUAGAGCAUGUCAUUUCAGCACCAUUAAGAUAAGCUUUGAGGGACCACAGAUCAGAAUCAGAAUGAAGACCAUUUCCGUCUUCUUCUUACUUCUAUAUGCUAAGUGGACAGUGGAAGCAAGCAUCAAUACAGAGGGAUUCGAGAGGGGAGAAGUGUCUUUCCAGUGUUCACACAGUUUUGCGACGAAAAACCAUAAAUACUUCUGCAAGGAUCCAUGUACAGCCAAUACAGAUAUACUGGCAACUGUAAAAUCUGGUGAAAGAGUGAAGUCAGAGAGGAUCAUUCUGGUGGACUUGGGGAACGGAGUUUUCACCGUGACCUUCAGUCAACUCCAGCUGUCAGACUCGGGAAGAUACUGGUGUGCAGUGGACAGGCCUGGUUUUGAUACAUUCACUGCAGUAUAUCUUACUGUAAAGGAAGCUGUUACAACUCCUGCCAUACCUGAACUUUCUCCCACAUGGACAAUUAUUUCCAACUCGACACAGUCAACACCUGGAAUGGACACCAGUAUGGUGACAAACGUUACAUCAGCCCCAAACAGCACCAGUGGAGUAGAACAAAACAUCAACACAGGCACCGUGUGGUCAUCUCUGAGUACAAGAAGACUCCCCACCCAAAACUGUGCCCACCAACAUCUGUGUCCACAGCAGCUGAAUGUAGCGUAGAUCAAAUCUACGAAAACAUUUGCUGCUCCAGAGGUACCGCAAAUUCAAAACAUUCACCUGCAAAUGUCCAAGAAAAGCACAACAUCAACUCUACAAUGUGUAGAACACCAUUGCCACCUAAAAGACCUGAAAGAAGU